GACCGUCGAACAUACAGAUCAGUGGUCCAGCCUUUCUGAUGUACGGAGUUGCAUCUAUCUUUACCUGCUCAGCUGACUGCUACCCAUCCUGCAGCUACUCAUGGACCAUUGUCUGGGAAAAUGAGCCGAUCAGUACUGCACAGGGCAACACUAUUCCUGUCACUCCAGCUGCCAGUACUGUCCUCAGGGAAAGUCUGAUCUGUCAGGCUGAGGACACCGUUUCACAUCUGUACAUCUCUACGACUGUGUCGCUACCGGUGGCAAUCACAUCUGACAUCAGCAUUGUUGGCGACAGUACAGUGACCAUGGGAAAGCAGUACUGGUUCAUAUGCCAAGCCGUGUGCGUCCCAAUCUGCAACUUUGUGUGGCAGUACAUGGGGAAGACUCUCUAUGGGGACCAGGUCCAGAUCCCCAUCCUGCAUCAGGGGGUGAAGACAGAGUUUGCCAGUCACCUACAGAUCACUUUCAGUGACUACUCUAAAAUUGAGCCUCUGACCUGCGAGGCAACAAACGUUUUGACCAACACCACUAUCACCUCCACUAUUCACCUCUCAGUCAUCGACCCCAUCUCAGUGAGCCCCAGCUCCCAGACCCCGCUGCCAGUGGCAGGCAAGUCUUUCUCUCUACAGUGUGUUGGCUCUCAGAACCCGGGCUCCAUCACAUGGCUGAAGAACAAACAGCCAAUGGCAGCAUCUGAGAGAGUGCUUUUCUCUCCUGACAACACCACCGUCACCUUCAGUCCUCUCCUGCAGGCAGAUGAAGGUUUAUACCAAUGUGUGGUGGCAGAGGAGGUGUCCAUCCAGUCCGUUGGCUACAACAUGCAAGUUGACUACGGGCCAUCUUCAGUGGCGAUCAGUGGGCCCGGCGUAACGACUGUUGGAAUAGCGUAUGAUUUCCAGUGCUCAGCCAGCUGUCACCCAACAUGCCAGUUCACCUGGAACAGGGGUAAUGCGACCUAUCAUGGCUCCAAUCUCAGCUUGCAUUUUGAUGAAGAAAUGCCAACACAAAACCUGACCUGCACCGCACUCAAUCCAGCUUCAGGAAUAUCAGUCACUGCCCAAAAGACACUGCUAGUGACAGCUGGACCGUCAAACGUACAGAUCAGCGGUCCAGCCUUUCUGACCGCAGGAGUUGCUUCCAACUUCACUUGCUCAGCUGACUGCUACCCGUCCUGCAGCUACUCUUGGAUCUUUGACCGAGAAUGGGAGAGGUUCAGCACUACACAGGGCAACACCAUUUCUGUCACUCCACCUGCUGGUUUUGUUGGCUCUGACACUCUGAUCUGUAAGGCCCAGGACACGGCUUCAAAUCACUACAUCUAUAGGGCUUUGCAACUGCAGGUGGCAAGUUUAUUCAACAUUAACAUUGCUGGUGCUAGUGCCGUGGCAAUUGGAAAAAUGUACACAUUCACAUGCUAUGCCACAUGUUCUCCAUCCUGUGUGUUCACUUGGACGUUCAUGGGGACGACUUACGAGGGCGAUCAGCUGCAGAUCACUAUUAGUGACUACUCUAAAACUGGGACUCUGACCUGUGAGGCAACCAACAAUAUUUCUCACGCCACUAUCAGCGCCACCAAGAACCUCACUGUCAUUGACCCAUUUUCAGUGCGCCCCGGCUCACAGGCCCUGCCGGUUGCAGGCGGGCCUUUCUCUCUGCAGUGUGUUGGCCCCCAGGAUCCAGCCUCCAUCACAUGGUUCAAGAAUGAAUGGCAAAUGACAGUCUCUAACAGAGUGCAUUUCUCCCCUGACAACACCACAAUGACCUUCACCUCUCUCUUGCGAGAGGAUGAUGGGGUAUACAAAUGUUUAGUAGUGGAGACGGGGAACCUCACAACCAACCCAUUGGUAGCACUUGAGGGUGGAACCCCCAUCCUGUCUUUUGGCUACCUGAUGCAAGUAAACUAUGGGCCAGAUGAGGUGCUGAUUGUGAAACCGGACAAACAGUCGGUGGGUGAGAUGAUGUUCACUCAGCCUGGAUCCACAACAGAGCUGCAGUGUUCAACUGACUGCUUCCCCGCCUGCUCCAUCAACUGGUUUUACAGAGGCUCGCUCCUGGCUACAAAUGCCUCAAUACUCUUCACACCUGUAACACCUCCAUACGAGAACACCCUCACCUGUAUUGCUCUUAACCCGGUGACAAAGAAAAACAGAACAGCUGAGACCACAGUGGUGGUGCCUGAUGGGCCUAGGAAUGUGAUCAUUAAAGGACCAGAUACUCUUGAAAUUGGGGUCACAGCGAGCUUUACGUGCUCCGCCGAGUGCACCCCUUCCUGCAGCUUUAAGUGGACCUUGUACGGGAAGACCGUGACCGGUAGUGGGAUUGAUAUCACCGUGAACCGUCAGGUUUCCGAAGAACCCAUCAGCUGCCAGGCCGAGAACACAUUCACCGGGAAGACGGUGAUUGUCCACCAGACGCUCAGUGUCUCAGAUCCUCACUGGUGUGGAUGUUAAGACACUGGAAGAACAUUUUUCAACUGUAUUCUCCCAAACUGCAAAUGCUCUGAGCAGAGUUAUAGUUUAACAAUCUUUGAAAUACAAUUAUAGUUUGGUAAUCUUUUUUAUUAAUGACACUAAGGCUGUAUUUGCUCAAGCAUCAUUUACUGUGACUGUGAUGAACUGGCACCCUGAAGCGGGUGUUUCCCUGACUUUAGGACAAUGCAUGCUGGGACAGGUUCCAACCACUUUAUGACCCUGAACAAGAUUAGAUGGAUAUAGAGAAAGGACAUAUGAAUUGUGUGUGUGAGUGAUGCAUUUAUCAGUUUUUAAUUACACAAGGCUAAUCUCGUUUUCUUUCAUGAUGUUUUUCCAUUUGUCUUGCCAAACACUAUGCACUAGUAUGCUUAAUAAACAAGGAACUACUUUA